AUGGCGAUCCGCAAAUUUGAGUUGGAAGCCAAACUCAAGGAUGACAAUAAGCUCAUCCGCACGGGAGUCCUCCGCAACGAACACCCCCUCGACACGUCGGAGGAAUUUCUGGACUUCUUGCAGGCGUGUCGGAGGGGUGAUUUGAAGAGUUGCCAGGAACUCAUCUCAGCCGGUGUCAACAUCAACGCCAAGGAUAGUUAUGAUUAUACCCCGCUCGUUGUAGCAAGUUUAUGUGGUCACUAUGAGUUGGUCCAGUUACUCCUAGAAUCAGGGGCUUUGGCCGACCCAGACUCUUUCGAGCGGGAACGAGCCGUGUACAACGCGCUCAACAACAAAAUUCGAAACCUACUUUUAUCUUACGACUACUCCAAAUCGGCAGACCCCCUGCAGCCAUGGUCCUCACACGUCACAUCGCUGUUGGUCCGGGAUAGCCCCUCAACAUCCGACAUCACCCUCUCCGCCCCGGCAGAGGACUUCCGCCUCCACAAAUUCAUCCUCUCGGCUAGAUCGCCUUACUUCAUGCGCAAGUUUGCUGAUGCUCCAGAGACAGUAACCUGGAAGUUACCUCAAGCCAUCCCCGUGGAGGCCUUCAGGGUCGUACUCCGGUAUUUGUACCUCGGCAAUUUACCCCGCGACUUUGUCGGCCCAGGUAGUGCCGUUACCGAGGAGGAAGUUUUCAGGGGAAUCGAUAAGCUGUGUAAGCAGCUCGAGAUCGAUAAGCUAUGGGAAGCCGUGUUGUCCAUCAAUGACCGUCGGUUGGCGAGGCAGCGCCAGCAGGAUGAAGUCCAGCGCGCCCAGGGCCAAGUGAAUAGCUUCUUCAACGAUACAGUGCUGAAGCAUAAGGUGGAAGUCGACACCCGCCGAGCCGGCGACGUCAAGUGGCCUCAUAACAAUGCAAUAUUUGCCGACUGCCUCCUGAGGGCGGACGAUCAACCACAAGGCGAAGACGAGAACCACACCGAAACUGCCCCCGACGGAUCCGCCAUCCCGAUCGGUCCGGCAGAGGUAACUACACCGAAAAACGGCGCCUCGCCGAAACCAUCCGGCCGUUCGGUGCUUUACCCAGUCCACAAACCAUUCCUGAUUCGCAGCCCCUACUUCGAGACCAUGUUUUCCUCCGAUUUCCUCGAAGCUCACGACUCGGACCAUCUCCACAUCAUCAAAGUCGACUGCACUCCCGCCGUCCUCGAAAUCAUCCUCCGCUUCCUUUACACGGAGAAAACCGACUGCCCGCUCGAGCAUGCGCUCGAUCUCCUCUACGCGGCCGACAUGCUCCUCCUGGAGAAACUCAAAACCAAGGCCGCCGUCACCAUCUCCACCCUCGGCAGCGGCAACAGCAACGCGCUCGUCGACCGCACACACAAUAGUCAUCCGGACAUGCCCACCCCCAACGGACAGCCCGUCCCAUCAGCCGGGGAAGAAGGACCAGCAGUAGAGAUCGAACCGAUCAACGUCUACGACGUGAUCCGCGCCGCCUGGGACCUCAAGGUCCAGCGCCUGGAGGAGUUUGCGGCUCGGUACCUGGCCGGCCGCCUAGAGGACUACAUCGACGAGGCCGAGUUUGCCGACCUGAUUCGCGAGAGCGCCGACCGCAUCAAAGCUCGCCAGGAGACCGACACCAUCGAGUUGCUGGAUGACAUCCGCUACUAUCUCUCGGAGCGCUUCCGGUUCCGGUUUGAGGGCGACGGGAUAGAGGAGAUGUUGGAUGACGGUUCCGAUUCCGAGGGCGGUGGGGAGGGGUACCAAGGCGGCGAUGUGGAUGCAGAAAAUGCGAAAGUGGGAGAUGGGCGGACCGGUGGCGGAUACAUUGAUGGCGGUGGCGUCAAGACGUUGAACGGGAAGGUGGUCGAGGAUGAGUUUGCGUCAGAUGCGGUGAACUAUGAGAUCUUACAGGACAAGAUUGAGAGGAUGCUGGAGAUGUUGAAGUUGGAUGCGUGA